UAAAAACUACAUUACCCAGAGUUCAACUGCUUCCUCUCAAAUGCACAUGCGCAGUGGCUCGCUCUACUCUGACCAGCUGUAGGAGAAAAUGGCAGCACACAUGCUAGGACAGCAGGUCCGUCAGUUCAGCACGUCUGUGAUCAGACCCAAACUGAUCAGGCCUCCCAUCCAGGUGUACGGCGUGGAGGGCCGCUAUGCCACUGCUCUGUUCUCAGCUGCCGCCAAGCAGAACAAACUGGACCAGGUCGAGCAGGAGAUGGGAAAAGUGUCUGCCCUCAUCAAGGACCCCAGUGUUUCCAGUAUUGUAAUGAAUCCUCAUGUAAAGCGCGCCAUCAAGCAGAAGACUUUCAAUGAUGCUCUUGCAAAGGCCAGGGUUUCACCCAUCACUGUCAACCUCAUCAAUGUUUUGUCUGACAAUGGUCGUCUUAGGAUAACUGGUGAUGUUAUCACUGCUUUCGGCAAGAUGAUGAGUGCACACCGUGGAGAGGUCAUCUGCUCCGUCACCACAGCUCAGCCUUUGGAUGAAGCUAAUCUCACUGACCUGAAAGUAGCUCUCAAGGGCUUUCUUCAGAAGGGUGAAUCCAUCAAGCUGGAGACAAAGUCGGAUCCUGCAAUCCUGGGUGGCAUGAUCGUCAGUAUCGGAGACAAGUAUGUGGACAUGUCCACCAAAACAAAGAUUCAGAAGCUGACCAAGCUCAUCAAGGAAACCUAAGUCCCGUGGACUUAGAGAUCGGAGACGACCAACAGGGGAAACGCUGAUAAAAUGUACAUUGCUAUCUGUUUUGGCACUGCAGUUGCUCCAUAAAUCCAGUGUCUAAUACUUAAAGUUCAUAUGGAUGUUAAUAAAACAUACAAAAAAAUGA